AUGGAUAUUACUAUGGAGACUAGUAGUGAAAGUGGUUCAGAUGAUGAAUGCAAUAUUAUUGAUUCUAUGUCUUUAAAUGACCAACAAGUAGUAUUUUCUGAAGUUCCUUCAAAUGUGAGUCAUGAAGAGGAAACAAGCAGAAAUAGAUACACUUCAAAAGGGAUUCAAGAGUUAGAAAUUGAGGUUCCUUCAAUUGGCAAAGAGUUUGACUCUACCGACCAAGCAUAUGAUUUUUACAAUUUGUAUGCAAGAAAAAAGGGUUUUAGCAUUCGAAAACAAAGGAUAGAAAGAACCCGGAAAGGUAUUGUACGAUUAAAAAGAUUUGUAUGCUCAAAAGAAGGUUAUCGACGAGUGGAUAGUCAUACUCAACAUGUGAAAAAGAGUCGAGCAAUUACAAGAACUGGUUGUCAAGCACGGAUGGUUCUAAAGCUAACAAAUAAUGAGAUGUGGUUAGUUACUGAACUUGAAUGUAAGCACAAUCAUCCUCUUGUACCAGAGGGGAAAGCAUUUCUGCUUAGAUCACAAAGGGUCGUGGAACGUGCACAUAGUAUUCAAAUUGCAGCAAUGGAUAAUUCUGGGAUAUCACCUACAGAAGGAUAUGACUUUUUAUGUGAACAAGCUGGAGGGUAUCAAAAUCUCAACUUUACAAAAGAUGACUACAAAUAUCAAUUGCGUAUGAAGCGUACAGGGGAACUUAAAGAUGGAGAUAUUAAGGUUGUAUUAGAGUAUUUGGAAAAUAAGCAUUUAGAAGAUCCAAUGUUUUAUCAUAGUGUACAAGUUGACCAAGAAGAUAAGAUGACUAAUUUUUUUUGGGUGGAUGCAAGGUCAGUCCAAGAUUACGUUUGCUUUGGUGAUGUUGUUUGUUUUGAUGCAACCUAUAAAACAAAUAAGUAUGGUCGGCCAUUUGCACCAUUUGUUGGUCAUAUAUACCUUAAUGCUGGUAAAAACCUUAGUGGUGCUUAUACAAAACGCUUCAAGAAAAGGUUUAAGAGUGUCAUAUAUGGUUCUGAAAAUGAAGAGGAAUUUAUUUCAGAUUGGAAUGUGUUGCUAAUAGAGUUCAAUCUUGAAGAAAACACAUGGUUAUUGAAUUUAUUUGAUAUUCGAGAGAAAUUGGCUUUGGUGUAUGGAAGAGGAUCAUUUUGUGCUAAUAUGACAACAACUCAACGAAAUGAAAGUACCAAUAUUUUUCUUAAAAGAUACUUGAAAAGAAAAUACACUAUUAUAAGAUUUCUUAAGCGAUAUGAUAAGGCAAUGGAACGGAGACGCCUAAAUGAAUUGACUGAAGAUUUCAACUCCAAUCAAACAUUCCCUAUAUUAUGGGCUAAUGUGCCAAUAUUGAAGCAAGCUGCCAAAGAAUACACAAGGACCAUAUAUGCUAUAUUUGAAGAGGAAUAUAAAAGGUGGAUUGCCUCUGAUUGUGACAUUUUGGAAGAGGAAGGAUCAAAUUGCAUGUACAAAGUUACUGGAGUUUAUAAAAAUAGUGAAAGAUUGGUCACAUUUGACUCCUCCAAGAACACAUUUGUAUGCAGUUGUAAAAAAUUUGAGUUCAUGGGCAUUCAAUGCAGACAUGUGGUAAAAGUACUUAAUCAUAGGAAGAUGCAUACACUCCCACCUCAAUAUAUGUUGAAGAGAUGGACAAAAUCUGCAAAAAUUGGGAUUGUAAACAACAAUUAUGGAGGUGUUUUUCAAGAUAAUGGGAAGGCAAUCAUAGGUUCUCGUUAUGGUAAUAUGUGCCACCAAAGUGUUAGGCUUGCAACCAAGGUUGCGAAUAGUGAGAAGGCUACCUUAAUUGUAACAGAAGAAUUAAGAGAGUUGCAUGAAAAGGUAGAUAAAAUUUUGAGUGAAGAAACACAACCGAAGCCUCAAACAAAUGCCUUAGUCCGUGGUAAUCCAAUGUGUCAACAAGAAUCAACAAGUUUCAUGUCUCAAUUGAUGAGUUAUGGAUUUCCAUUUGAUAGCUGCGCUGGUCUUCAAUUUCAGCAGGCCUUGGAGAUUCCAUUGGAUCAACAUAAGAAACAACAUUCUUCAGCUCCAAUUGAUUCAUGUUUGGAAAAAUGA